GCAGCACGCGCGCAACCCUCCCCCGCCGACGGCUCGGGCCCGGCACAGGCGGGGGAAAGAGGCGGGGCUUGCUCUGUCACGUGACGCGGCCGCGGCGGCCCCAGCCAAUAGGAACGCGCGGAGGCUACGGGCGGGUUUCAGAUGCAGUCUGAGUCUGAGAAGUAUGAACAAGAGAUGCCUUCUCUGCACUGGGGUAUUGAUCCUGUAUUUUCUGCAUUUGCAAGACUCUACAUUAAAGAUAUUACAGAAAUGAGAGAAUCUAUACAGGUGCCAGGUAUAUUCUUUUAUAAUGGACAUCCAAUAAGACAGGUGGAUGUUGUUGGGAUAGUGGUUCAAAAGAAGGAGCGAGAUGCCUUUUAUAAUUAUGGAGUGGAUGAUAGUACUGGAGUUAUAAAUUGUGUCUGCUGGAAAAAUCCCAUGGUAGCAGAAACACCUUUAUCAGGUCAUCCAAGCACACCCAGCAGUCUCAGUGUGUUUGAACAGCUGAAGAAACUCCAAGAAACAGUGGGCCAGAAAACCAAGCUGGAGAUUGGAGAUGUUGUCAGGGUCAGAGGUCACAUCCGAACCUAUAGGCAACAAAGAGAAAUUCAGGCUUCAUGUUUUUAUAAAGUGGAUGAUCCUGUGUGUGAUGUGCAGAUUUCGAGAAUGCUGGAGCUCCCCUCUCUCUAUAGAGAAGUUUAUGAUAAACCUUUCAAGAGGCCUGAGGAAAUACAGAGUGGCCCAGAGGGUCAGAAUUUCUCAAUCCACAUGCUGCAUGAGAAAGUGCAAGGCUUUCUAUUAGAAAACAAAAUUCAGACCUUUUACCAGCAGGAGUUGGAGGCAGUUGAUUCUCUGGUGUCUCUGAUGGGUGUGCAUCUACCCAGCCCCAGCUGUGAGGAGGUGAAAUCAGAAAGUAGCUCCAGUUCCAAAAAGAUUCACGGUGUUUUUAAGGAAGCAAUAAAGAUGCUACAAGAAAAAGGAGUGGUUUUCCAGAAACCUAGCAGCUCCAAGGACUUAUACUAUGUGACUGACCAUGAUAAGGAGCUGUUUAAAGUGACCCUUGAUGUGAUUAAAGAAGACUGUCGAAAACCCAGGCAUGCUGAGAAAGGCUGCCAUUUCCUUCAUGUCCUGAGUUGUGUUCGGCAGAGCUACAACCCCUCUCUGCCUGAAGUGGUGAUGCACCGUGUCUUGGAACUACUGGAGAGUAACAGUGAUGUUGUCAGCACUAUGGAAGGAUAUUUUAUGGUAUUUUAAAAAGAAAAUAUAAGAAAGAGAGGUUGAGAGACUGUGAGAAGCUGUAAUUAUCUGGUAUUAUCUAGAUAGUAGAUAAAAAAGAGCCUUUUGAUUCUCCAAAUGCUGUUUUUGUGCAGCUUCAGAGAAAUUGUUCAAAUACUUGUUUUAAUAUUCUUCCUGACUUCCUUGCUAUUCCUAGUGAAAGUGGUAUCAAACUGAUUCUGGACAUUGUAAUCUAGCAGGGAAACUGGAAAAGAAACUGUGCUCUUGGAGAAGGAUGAGAUAUUCACCAUCCUCACAUCUGCAUCCAGUGGGCCUAAAGAAAAGUCACUGCUAAAAAUCACUGUUUACAGCAGUGGUCAUCUCAGGAGAUAUUUUUCUGGCUUAAAGACUGAUCUUGCUAGGAUGCUGGUGCAUCUUUGUCUGUGAAUAUGUGUUCCUCAAUCUGGACAGCUUUCCCACUACUAAAGCAAUCCUCACCAUUCUCUGAAAGUAAUAUUCAGGAAUGGGGUCCUGCAUCCUUUGCCCCCUGGUUGUCAAGCAUGUCUGCAUUACUCUGCAUUCCCAUCUGUGCUACUGAUGUCUGUUGUUGCAGUUUCUCUUCAGACCAGAAUUCUCAAAAUCAUCUAGUUUUGCUGUUUCAGUAAAUGGUAGAACAUAAAUUCAAUGCUUUGGAAAAGAAAAUACAGAAGCCAUUGAAACCCACUGUAAUCUCCUCUGCCUGUUGCUUUUUGUGUCUUUUAUUCUUUGUCACUUUUGGGGUAAAAUACUACCCAUAUCUGUGCUUGCAGAAGAACACAAGGCAUAGGUGAAACAACAUUAGCCUAAAGAAGGUCACCAUGCAAGAUGUUUGAUCUGGAAUAAUUAUAUCUCUGUUAUGUGCAACAGUUAAAAAGCAAAGUUGUUCAAUAUUUAUGCUUAGAGAGGGCUGGCUGCUGCAGGGGCUUGUCUGUUUAAUUAAUCUGUUUAAUUUAUGGUGUGGAGGUGAGACCUUUAACAUGAAAAGGUACAGAAAAGAAAAGAGUACAAAAGAUUGAAUUUAUCCUUUUUUCCUCUGCACCUUCCCUGUAACAGUUGAAACAGCAGACUCCCAGGAGGCAGCUGUAGUGGUAAAGCCCUAUAUAAGGAUUGACAUAGCAGGGAAAAAUAAACCAUAUGCAUGAGGAAAGCCAGUGAGUAGCCCCAUGUGUGCCAGCUCUCUGGUUUGUUAUAUUAUCUGCCUCACUCCAAGCCCUGGCUGCAGUGAGAUAUAGGCUAAGAGAAAGGCUUGACAAAAUAUUUGGCAUUUGCAUUCAGAGGCCCUGGAAAACUCUGGCCUUAAAGAGAUGGUGAGUUUGUUCCUAUUAGAGAACUAUGGAUGAAUCAUUCAUGUGCUGUGUGUUCCCUACUUGCUGCAGGACUCAGUAGUUGGUUUCCUCAUAGAUUUCCCUACUCCUCACAUUGCUGCUCUGCUCUGAGUCAGGUACCUUCUAGUCAGACCUUAAUAUGGGUUCUGAAUGAUGCUAAAGGGAUAUACCUAUGCAGAAGAAAAUAGAAGAGGAUUAAGGAAGAAUUGUAGUGUUUGUUCCCCACUCCCUCCUCAUACCCUGAAUAUCUCUGUAAGUCAGGGAAAGAAGGCAGAUUCUGAGUGUAGUGCUACUGAAGGGAAUUGAAACUUUAAUUUAUGCCUAUGAGAAGAUCUGGUUGGCUACUGGGGAGAUUUGCUUUUAAAUUCCUGUUCUGAUUGUUGAUGAGUUUGAAGUGAUGCUUAAAAAUAAGGCUAUCUGUGGAAGAAGUAGCUUGGAAUAUUGAUUCCUAAAUUCAAAUUCACUUCAGGAAUUGCCCACAAGCACACAGUACAUAUGGUUAAGUUGCUUAUUUGGCAUGAAUUGGAGGAUAUUUUAAAGGAAAGUAUGAGGUGUUUCAGAUCACUUGGAAGAGCAUGGCAUCUAAUUUACAAGACUGUCUUGGUCAUUUUCUUGAAAUGUUCUGUAUUAGCAGAAGCUUAUUUUGCUGGGAAAGGGUUAAAGGAACACUGCUAGCUCAAUGGGAAAGGUGAUCUCCUCUCUGAAGUUAGAAGAAAGACCCUGGUUCUCCUGAGGAUGACAGCUGAGUGUGUGGGCUGGAUGAGUUUGGGGAGAAAAAGAGAGUUUGGAGAUCAUGUUGCUCUUUAGGAUCUCUUUAAAAUAAAUUCAUACCAAAAUAGGAUUACAUCUUCAGCUUUGCAGUUUGUAUAGUUACAUGUGCAAAUUCUGUUGCCUCCAAAUCUGAGGCUGCACUUACUGUGUUUUAGGUAUUUUUCUAUGUGUAAAGUUUGCCUAAAAUCCCUGUCCACUGAUUUUCUAUGCUUGGAGGUAGAAAGGGCAGGCACUUGUAUCUGCUUCAGUCGUGUUGCAGUUUGAAAGCACUGAAUAACUGCAAAGCCUUGGAGAUGAGGUGGAAGGAACUUAUCUCAGGAAACACGGGUAAGUUAUUCUGGAAAAAACCUGUCCCUGGAAGUUUUUAAGUUGAACCUUGCUGGGAGUGCUCAACUCUUGUGAUGGAGGGUGUGUUCUGAUGGUGUUUGUUCCCUAAGAACAGGAAAAAGGGAUUUUUUCUCAGAUGAGUUGUCUCAGGGAAGUAAGAUGGAUAAACACAAGGGAGCCUAUAGUUUUUACAAGAGUGAAAGGUUAAGCUAAAGUUAAUGGAGGAGCCUAGAUUUAAGCUACACAGAUUCUGACUAUUUCUACAGAAUAGUUGUGUCUUAAGCUUGCAUGCUUUAUUUUUUCCACAGUAGCCACCCAGCCCAGGUUAACACUUUCUCUGGUUGAGAGCAUUCCCUUUUGCACCUACAGGGAAUGCAUGUGCCUGCACAGCAGUGCCCCAGGAGCUGUGGGAGCACAGAGCUCACUGUAGGCUGAUUUACCCAUUCACUCAGUAUCUCUACAGUGUGCUUCUGUGACAGCAGUCUAGACAUACCCAUGUUGGUAUAAGUCACCUUUAUGUAAGUCAAACUACACACACUAGGGCUUUUACUGCAAAUAAACUGUCUCUCUGUUUAAAGAUCAUAUCCUUAACCAACAGAGUCAUAUCAUGCACACUGUUAAAAUUCUUAGACCACACCUAUGAAAUAUUGUGCAGAGCAUUCAGUGAAAGCAUGCUUUCUUGUUUUGUUUAAUUUGAAAACUCAUUAGGCAGCACCAUUAUUACUAGUUUAUUAAAGAACUUAGAAAACGGCACUUUAAAGUAAGACUAAGAAGCGAGAAUUCAUGUUGUAGAACUGCUUCAUGGCCAGUUCCAGUUUCCAUAGCAACAGUUACGGCAGUAAAAGGUAGGUAAGGAAAAUGGAAUUUUUAAAAGCAGUCAGCAUAUCUACGUUACCUUUAAAAGGUAAGUUUCCAUAGAAAUGCAGCACCUGAGAACAAAAAUUACCUAAGAAUCUCAAUAUUCUGUUCUAGAAAAAUGCACAGUGAUUGCUUUUCUGGUGAGGAAACAAAGGAACAGCUUUACCUUCAGUCCCUGCCCCUGCUUAUGUGAGAGAAGAGAUGAGGUUGCUUCAUACCUCAGUUUCCUCCUUCUGUAAAUUGGGAAUAAUAUAACUCUGUGUGUAGGUCAUAAGCCUCAAUUUCUUUUGUAAUCAUAGUCACUAAAAGCUCUAUGGGAGCUAUUGGAGAAAAACAGUAUGGCUGUGUGGGAGAGAGUGAAUGGAUAGAUGCUGGAGUGGGACUUAGGAAAAGUUGUUCUUCUACUAGUACUAAUAGCUUUGGUUUUUUCUGCCUCUCUUGCCAUGCGUAUUGCUUUGCUUGUCUUGUCAUCUUUUUCUCCAAGGCCCAUGAGGCAAUGAUAGUCUCCCUGGUUUUAUUUGUAUCAUUCUUUUUCUGGAAUCCUGUUUCCUCUUAUGACUUCUUGGAUGACUUCAUAAAAAUGGAAAUCCAGAUAAAUGAGUUCUGAGUAUUCUUGCUCUGAAAUUGUUGAAUUGUAAAUUUGGACCCACGAGGACAAGCAUUUUACACAACCUGCCUGGGAAAUGAAGCUUUACUUUCAAAAUAAUAAAUGACCAAGUUAAAUAUUG